GGGGAGUGUUGUAGCGAGCGGGUGCCGUCAUGGCCGGCGGGAUCGUUAGGUCGGCCGGCCGCCUGGCGCGGUGGCGCCGCUCUCUUGGGAAAAGUCGCCCGCCAGGAGUUCUCCGCCAACGUUAUCCGCGAGGAGGAGCCGUUGUGGACGAGGAGCUUCUUGGCCGUUUGAUGAUUGUUGGCGAGAAGUGUGCUGCUAACCUGGGCCUGACCAAUGGAUUCCGGAUGGCUGUGAGAUACCCACCCUCAGUCCCUUCAGACUACCGCGCACGUCUCUGUAUUCUGGAUGGCCGUCAGUUGGGCCAGCCUCCUGGCUAAGAUGUUUGCACCGCAGGAGUUGCUGCACGCGUACGGAUCGCCACCGAAUGGAUUUCACGUGUUGCCCGUCAGCCUAGCCACCGUUGACAUAUAAUUGUUUUUGGUGGGUGUCUGUGGAGGGCAAUGAAAAGCUUUGAGCAGCAUUUGCACAAUAAAGAUGGAGCAUGGGGAUAUCA